AUGCAUAACAGUUCAUCAGCAUCAUCGCUAGGUCCUGAUGGCCUUAACAUAAACCAAGCCUUCUUCAAACCAAUUUCCAACACUGAUCCACCACCCCCAACAAAACGCCACACAAAGAUCUCAGUAAUUGGUGUUGGCAAUGUUGGUAUGGCAAUAGCCCAAACGAUCUUAACACAGGAUCUCGUCGACGAGCUAGCACUCGUCGACGCGAAACCUGAUAAACUCCGCGGCGAAAUGCUGGAUCUCCAGCACGCCGCGGCGUUUCUCCCCCGGACGAAAAUAGUCGCAUCUGUCGACUAUUCUGUUACGUCCGGGUCGGAUUUGUGUAUUGUUACUGCUGGUGCCCGGCAGAACCCCGGGGAAAGUAGGUUGAAUUUGCUCCAGAGGAAUUUGGCUAUGUAUAAAGGUAUUAUACCGGAGCUGGUGAAGUAUUCACCUGAGAGUAUACUUUUGAUUGUGUCGAAUCCAGUGGAUGUUUUGACAUAUGUUGCGUGGAAGUUGUCUGGGUUUCCAGCGAAUCGGGUUAUCGGGUCGGGUACCAACUUGGAUUCGUCUAGGUUUCGGUUUUUGAUUGCUGAUCAUUUAGAUGUUAAUGCCCAGGAUGUGCAGGCAUAUAUUGUUGGGGAGCAUGGUGACAGCUCUGUGGCACUUUGGUCCAGUAUUAGUGUUGGAGGAGUUCCAGUACUUAGCUUUUUGGAGAGGCAACAAAUUGCUUUUGAGAAGGAGACAUUAGAAAAAAUCCACAAACAAGUUGUGCAAGGUGCAUAUGAAGUGAUCAGUUUGAAAGGCUACACAUCGUGGGCAAUCGGUUACUCUGUGGCUAACUUGGCUUAUUCAAUCAUUCGAGACCAGAGAAGGAUUCACCCCGUCUCAGUCCUUGCGAAGGAGUUCUAUGGUAUUGAUGGCGGCGAUGUGUUCUUGAGUUUGCCUGCACAGCUUGGUAGAAGUGGAGUUUUGGGUGUGACCAACGUGCAUCUUACUGAUGAGGAAAGUCAGCAACUUAGGAACUCUGCUAAGACCAUCUUAGAAGUGCAAAACCAAUUGGGAAUUUGACUUUUGGUUAAAGUACAUCCUCUAAAAGUAGUGCAUUUGUGAAGGAUUUGAUAUGGAUAUGUGAGUCCGAGCAACAUAGCUUCCCUUUGUUUCUACUUAGUAGUAUUAUCUUUUAUCAUCCAGUUCAUUUAAUUUGCUUCUUGCAAGAUCUUAUUUUGGGAGGAAAAAAAGUGAGAUAACUUAUAUUUAACAGCAGUUGGUCCUUGACAUGUUGGUUGCCUACUUAUGUUUUGUGGUACUAAUUUUGAAACUGACUGUAAAAGUGAAGUUUGAUGCUCGCUCUAGUAAAAAAUGGAAGUUCCAUACCUAUAUUUGUUUAA